GUUAAUCUGUUUUCCGCAGCGCGCGCGGUCGCAUCGAAAGAACAGCGGAGAAAACGCAAAGCGGAGAACGUAAACGAGAAACCGAAAAACAGAAAACUGAAGCGAGAAAACAGAAUCCCAUGGCACAAAACGUGAAUUAAACAAAAUAAUACAAGUAAAAUGCGGAGGUGAAAGAAGUGAAAUAAUUCAAUUAAAUCAUUUUGCGGACAACACACAACGUAAAAAAUGGUUGUAUUUUGUUGUUACGUGAACGUUGCGAUUUUGAAUUUAUGAAUCAAUUUUUUUAGCCUCCUUCGCGGCGUUUAUUUUCACAUUAUUUUUUUGCCACUUUUUUUUACUGUGAAUGUGAGACAACAACAAUAAUGAUAUGAGAAACAACAGCAACAACAACAAUAAAACAUAAACAACAACAGUAAACAGACUUAAAACAUCGGCAGCAAGCGGCUAAAAAACAACUGUGCAAUUAAAAAUAUACAACAAAGUAUUUUAUAAAAAAUAAUGCAAAAUUUGGCAAGUGUCGGCGGCAGAAGAAGCUCAAUAUGAGCCAAAAAAGCAGCAACAACAACAUCAGCAAUUCAGCUGCCCAACAACAACAACAGCAACAACAGCAGCGAAUAAAUAUUGGAUAAGUGCAACAACACAAAUGAUGCAUAUUUGAAAUAAAAAAUCAAAAUAGAAAAAAAAUCCAGCCAACAAAAUUAAAAUAAUAAUUUUUCCUCCCCUCCAAUUGCCUGGCAAUAUUUAAUUGUUUAUAUAUAUAUAUAUAUAUAGCAUUACCAUCUUCAUAUAUAUCUAUUAUAUAUGUAAAUGUAUUAUAUAUUUGUGUAUCUGUGUGUGUGUAUUUUCGUGUGCAUUCCAUCCAUUAAUCUAUAACUCGAUCUAUGUAAACCGAAACUAAAAUCAAUACAAACAAAACAAAAAAUAUAAAAAAAAAUUGACAAAAAUCGACAACAACUGCAUGUUGAACGCGUAAAACUAAAUAAAAAUUUACAAAUCUUACACCUGUGGAACAAACAUAAUAAUCUGAACCACAAACCGUGCACCAAAAUGGCGGACAUCAUGCGUCCGCCGUACAGUGAGAUCAAACGGCCGGACGAAAUCGUCAGAAUGACAACCGCCGACAAUCUCAAGUUCGCCGUCCUCAUCGGCCUAAUCGAGGUUGGCCAGGUGACCAACCGGGAGGUGGUCAACACCGUCCUGCAUUUGCUGGUCGGCGGUGAAUUCGAUAUGGAAUUGAAUUUUGUGAUACAGGAUGCGCAGAAUAUCAAACAUAUGCUGGAGCUGCUGGAUCAUUGUCCGCCCAAUUUGCAGGCGGAGAUUUGGAGCGUAUUCAUUGCCAUCCUGCGCAAAAGCGUCCGCAAUCUACAGGCCUGCACCGAUGUCGGCCUUAUCGAGCAUGUCCUCGUUCGCCUGCAGCGCUCCGAAACGGUUGUGGCAGAUCUGCUCAUCGAGAUGCUGGGCGUGUUGGCCAGCUACAGCAUAACGGUGAAGGAGCUGAAGCUGCUCUUCGGGACGAUGAAGGCCACCAAUGGCAAGUGGCCGCGCCACUCGGCCAAGUUGCUCAACGUCCUGCGGCAGAUGCCACAUCGCAACGGACCGGACGUGUUCUUCAGCUUUCCGGGCCGCAAGGGAUCGGCCAUGGUCCUGCCGCCGUUGGCCAAGUGGCCCUACGAAAACGGAUUCACCUUUACCACCUGGUUCCGCCUGGAUCCCAUCAACUCGGUGAAUAUCGAGCGGGAGAAGCCCUAUCUCUACUGCUUCAAGACUUCGAAGGGCGUGGGCUACACGGCGCACUUUGUGGGCAACUGCCUCGUUCUCACCUCGAUGAAGGUCAAGGGCAAGGGCUUUCAGCAUUGUGUCAAAUACGAAUUCCAGCCACGAAAGUGGUACAUGAUUGCCAUAGUGUAUAUAUACAAUCGUUGGACGAAAAGCGAAAUCAAGUGCCUCGUUAAUGGACAGCUGGCCUCUUCAACUGAGAUGGCCUGGUUUGUUUCCACAAACGAUCCCUUUGACAAGUGCUACAUUGGAGCCACCCCCGAAUUGGACGAGGAGCGCGUGUUCUGUGGCCAAAUGUCGGCGAUCUACCUUUUUAGCGAGGCGCUCACCACGCAGCAGAUCUGCGCAAUGCACCGCCUGGGGCCCGGCUACAAGUCGCAGUUCCGAUUCGACAACGAGUGCUAUCUGAAUCUGCCGGACAAUCACAAGCGGGUGAGUCACUUUCAACUUCUGCCAGCGACCUUGGGUUCGUCAUCGCUGCCAGGGGGCGGCGGCGGUGGGAGUGGCACCGGCAGCGGCAGCGAUGCAGCAGCAGCAGCAGCUGUUGCCGCGGGUCAGCAACAACAGUUGCAGCUGCAGUUCCAAACGCUGGCCGCCGAGCAGGAGGCGCGUGCCAUCGAUUGGUCGGAUGAGAAGCUCGAUUUGAACGCGGCCUUUGUGAAAAUACGUGCGGUUCUAACCGCUCGCAAUGCAGUGACCUUGGCUGGCAGCAGCAAUGGCAGCGGUGGUGCAACUGCAACUGCAGUAGCCGCAGCAGCAGCAGCGGCAGCAGGAGGAGCCACUGCCGCAGGAACAACCGCUUUGCCAUCAGCGGGGGCAACACAAGGCGAUGGCAGCGAUGCAGCCGCCAUGCAACAGCAACAUGCAACACACCAUCAUCAUCCGUCGACAAGUGGCAAUGCGGACGAUCCGCUCGGCCAUUUGCCCACUGGAAAUGCUUCUUCCCUUGAGCAACUCCGUCGAAUGUCCAGCGUGAGCAGCCUGAACUCAAUGGUCGCAACCGCCGACACUGAGGAGGUCAACCAGCUGAAAGCUGUGCUGUACGAUGGCAAACUAUCGAACGCCAUUGUGUUCAUGUACAAUCCGGUGGCCACCGACGGUCAACUCUGUCUGCAGUCCUCGCCCAAGGGAAAUGUCUCAUAUUUCGUGCACACGCCGCAUGCGCUGAUGCUGCAGGACGUUAAGGCCGUGGUCACGCACUCGAUACACUGCACCCUCAACUCGAUUGGCGGCAUCCAGGUGCUCUUUCCCCUCUUCUCGCAGCUGGACAUGGCCCACGAGGGUCUCGGCGACAUCAAGCGGGAUCCCACGCUGUGCUCCAAGCUUCUGGGCUUCAUCUGCGAACUGGUGGAGACUUCGCAGACAGUGCAGCAGCACAUGAUCCAGAAUCGCGGCUUUCUGGUCAUUUCGUUCAUGCUGCAGCGCUCCUCCCGCGAACACCUCACGCUCGAGGUCCUGGGAUCCUUCCUGAACCUCACCAAGUAUCUGGUCACCUGCCUGUCGGCCAACAGCGAUCUGCUGCUCAAGCAGUUGUUCUGUUUCUCGUUUCUCACGUGGCAGCUGCUCGAUCACGUCCUCUUCAAUCCAGCGUUGUGGAUCUACACACCCGCGAACGUCCAGGCGCGACUGUACUCCUAUUUGGCCACCGAGUUCCUCUCGGACACGCAGAUCUACAGCAAUGUGCGGAGGGUGAGCACGGUCCUCCAAACGGUGCACACCUUGAAGUACUACUACUGGGUGGUAAAUCCGCGGGCCAAGAGCGGAAUCAUUCCCAAGGGACUGGAUGGACCUCGUCCUGCCCAAAAGGACAUACUGGCCAUCCGAGCCUACAUCCUGCUGUUCCUCAAGCAGCUCAUAAUGAUUGGCAAUGGCGUGAAGGAGGAUGAACUGCAGAGCAUACUCAACUAUCUGACCACCAUGCAUGAGGACGAGAACCUGCACGACGUGCUGCAGAUGCUCAUCUCGCUGAUGUCGGAGCAUCCCAGCUCCAUGGUACCUGCCUUCGAUGUGAAACACGGCGUGCGCAGCAUCUUCAAGUUGCUGGCCGCUGAAAGUCAGUUGAUCCGGUUGCAGGCCCUCAAACUUUUGGGCUUCUUCCUUUCGCGCAGCACACACAAACGCAAGUACGACGUGAUGUCACCACACAAUCUAUACACUCUGUUGGCGGAGAGGUUGCUGCUCUAUGAGGAGUCCCUGUCCCUGCCCACGUACAAUGUUCUAUACGAGAUCAUGACGGAGCACAUCUCACAGCAGAUCCUGUACACACGCCAUCCGGAGCCCGAGAGUCACUAUCGCCUGGAGAAUCCAAUGAUUCUGAAGGUGGUGGCCACGCUGAUCCGGCAGUCGAAGCAAACCGAGUCCCUGAUCGACGUGAAGAAGCUCUUCCUGCAGGACAUGACCCUGCUGUGCAACAGCAAUCGGGAGAACCGGCGCACGGUGCUCCAGAUGUCCGUGUGGCAGGAGUGGCUCAUCGCGAUGGCCUACAUCCAUCCGAAGAGCAGCGAGGAGCAGAAGAUCAGCGACAUGGUCUACUCCCUCUUCAGGAUGCUCCUCCAUCACGCCAUCAAGCACGAGUACGGAGGAUGGCGGGUGUGGGUGGACACCUUGGCCAUUGUCCACUCGAAGGUGUCGUACGAGGAGUUUAAGCUGCAGUUCGCCCAGAUGUACGAGCACUACGAGCGCCAGCGGACGGACAACAUCACGGAUCCCGCUCUGCGGCAGGCCCGACCCAUCAGCACCAUCAGCGGUUGGGAGCGGGAGGAACUCCACCAGCAGCAGCAGAAUGGAGGAGCUCCGGCCGGAAAUGCAGUCGGAGGAGCCGCCAAUCAAACGCAGCAGCAGGCGGCGGUCAAGGGCGCCGUUUCGAUUGCCUCCCUGGAGGAUGUGCCGCCGGUGGUCGAGGAGGAGGUGGAGGAGCUGGAGCUCGAGGAGGUGGAGAUCCAGGAGGGUCCCAUCCCCGCCGAGGAACCAAGCCAACCGGAACCGAAAUCCGUGAUAGCCAACAUUUCGGAUGUGUACAACGAGCAGAUCAAAACCGAUGCCACCUGCAAUGGCAACCUGGAGGAGGUCGUCGAGGAGAAGGAGGAGGAUCCCGUCCAACAGAAGGGAGAGGAGCCAGCAGGCGAGAAGCAGGCGGAGCCCUCCCCGCUGGGAGCAUUGAGGGAAACCCUCCAGCUGGGCGACGACAUGGAUGUCGAGGAAUUGGAGCUAGCCACCGCCAAGGAUUCCCUGAAUGCGGAGCAGCACGUGGCAAGGGUUCUGCAGGCCUCCGAGGCGGCGCUCAACGAUUGCAAGUUGGCCGUCGACGAUGUCCUCCAGGAGGCGUCCUCUGUCCUCAAGGACGAGGAAAUCGAGCUGGCCGUCAACGAAGUGGUUCAGGGUGUGCUCAACAACGAGAAGAAGUCGCUGGCAGACAAGGAGAAGGAAAAAGAGAAGGAGAAGGAGAAAGAGAAGGAGAAGGAACAGCCAAGUCAGGAUGUCAAUGUUAGCCUGCUGAACAGCAAGAAUCUGCUCAACAAUAACAAUAACAACAACAAUAGUCCGAGUCCCACGAACACAACGCCUUCAACGGAAACGGAAAUGAAAACAGAAACGGAAACGGAAGCGGAGGUCAAUGCCAACGAGAUCGUGGACGAAACAAACACGAAAACUGCAAAUGCAAAUGCAACUGCAACUGAAACAGAAACGGUUACGGAAACAAAAACGGAAAAGAAAACGGUAACGGAAACGGAAACGGAAGUUAAGGCACCGGAAACGGGCAAAGCAAACCCAAUAGUCCCCAGCCCCGUAGAAGCAACCAAUCAAAAGACUGAAGAAGCAGCCAACAAGCUGAACAACAAUGAGAAGCUGGCCGAGAUCAGCGCGAGUGGCGAGCCCGCUGCCACGCCCAUUGCCACUGUGGAAACGCCCGAGGCGGAUCUUCUCCAGCUCUCGGACACCGAAUCCAAGCCGGAGGCGAAGCAAACCGAAACCGAGGAUCCAGUCGCCGUGGCGGUGAGGGAUAUUGUCGAGCAGCUGAUCGACAAGGUGAUCGAUGCCACGGAGGCGGAAACGGCCAGCGACACCAAAACGGAGACCAACAACAACGAGCUGCCCAAGGGCAACCAAGAGAAACCGAACCCGAGCUCCGAAUCCGUAGCGGAUGUGGAAGUGGAAUCUCCAGAGAGCUUGGCCGCCGCUGCCGCCGAGGAAAUCGUCCAGGAAGUGGUGGAAGCAGCUCUGGUUUUGGCCCAAGAGGAGAGCACCACGGAGGAACCGGAAAAGGAACGAGAAAAGGCAACGAAAGAGGAGGAUCUGCUGCAACUGGAGCCAAAGCCAGUUGCCAAGGAGGUGAGGGAAGCCAAGGUCCGCGAGGAACCCAAGUCACAGGAUCUUAAGUCCGAGGAGCCCGAGAAACCCGAAGCCAAGGAGCUCCAGCCGAAAGCCCAGGAAAUUCCCAAGCCAGAGGAGCCAGUGGUGGAGAUUGUUAACCAAGUUCUGGACACGCUGGUGGAUGAGACCAUCAAGGCGGUGGCCGCCGAGCAAACGACCCAGACCUCACCCGCGCCCGAGGAGCAAUCGCCAAAGAUUCUGGCCAAGGAAUCGCCGGUUAGGGUGAAGCCCACUGAAGUGGACUCCACAACGCAGACAACGCCCAAAAACGAGGCGGGCUCCAGUCUGAUAGGUGGCAUCGAAGAAGUCCACCACCAGCACCAGCAGGGAAUCCCCGAGGACGACGUUCAGACCUCCACCAUCGAAGCUGAGGAGUAUGCUAACCAGCCGACCCAUCCAGCCGAAUCGGGAGUGGAGAACGCUGGUGGCCAGCAGCAAAUGGAGGCCAAUCACUUUGGCCAACAAGGGAAUGGAAAUCCGGAGCCCAAGCAGCAGCUGCGCUCCAAGUCGGGAUCGACGCGACCCAUGUUCAGUCCGGGUCCAACGCGUCCGCCCUUCCGGAUACCGGAGUUCAAGUGGUCCUACAUCCACCAGCGACUCCUCAGCGAUGUCCUCUUCUCGUUGGAAACGGACAUCCAGGUGUGGCGCAGUCACUCCACCAAGAGUGUCCUCGACUUUGUCAACUCCAGCGAGAACGCCAUCUUCGUGGUGAACACGGUGCACUUGAUUUCCCAGCUGGCCGACAACCUGAUCAUCGCCUGCGGCGGAUUGCUGCCGCUCUUGGCCAGCGCCACGUCGCCAAAUUCUGAACUGGAUGUCCUGGAACCCACGCAGGGCAUGCCUUUGGAAGUGGCCGUGUCCUUCCUGCAGCGAUUGGUCAACAUGGCCGACGUGCUGAUCUUUGCCACCUCCCUGAACUUCGGUGAACUGGAGGCGGAGAAGAACAUGUCCAGUGGCGGCAUCCUGCGGCAGUGCCUCCGCCUCGUCUGCACCUGUGCGGUGCGAAACUGCUUGGAGUGCAAGGAGCGAACGCGUUACAAUGUCGGCGCUCUGGCGAGAGACGUUCCGGGAGCGGCGCACUUGCAGGCCCUCAUCCGCGGGGCUCAGGCUUCGCCGAAGAACAUUGUCGAGUCAAUCACCGGUCAAUUAUCGCCCGUCAAGGAUCCCGAGAAGCUGCUCCAGGACAUGGACGUCAAUCGCCUGCGUGCCGUCAUCUAUCGCGAUGUGGAGGAAACAAAGCAGGCACAAUUCCUGUCGCUGGCAAUUGUAUACUUCAUAUCGGUGCUGAUGGUUUCCAAGUACCGUGACAUCCUGGAACCGCCGGCAGAGCCGCAGAUCCAGCGCCAAUCGCCAGUUUUGCAGCGCACCUCAGGCGGCGAAGCCGCCAGUGCGCGUCCCUUGUUUCCCCAAUGGUCACAUCAUGUUUACCCGCAAUUCCUGCCCGAAUCGCACCAGAAUCACAGCAGCAACAUGCAACACCAGCAGCAGCAGCAGCAACAGCAACAGCAACACUACUACCAGCAGCAACAGCAACAGCAGCAGCAGGUUGGUCACAAUCACAGCCACCAUCACAUGACUGCUGCUUACUACCAGCAACAGCAGCAACAGCAACACCAGCAAGCUGCUGCUGCCGCACAGCAGCAACAUUCGCCCACUCCACUGGCCACACAUUCCACAAGUUCAUCGGCCAGCUCAACGGCCACAUCUCAGCCGGCUUCGAGUUCCUCGCUCUCCAGCUUGGCCUCCCAGAGUCAGCAGCAGUCGCAUCGCCAGUUGCACAAGCAACAGCAACAGCAGCAGCAGCAGCAACACUAUCAUCCGCAUCAGCCGCACUACGGCCUGAUCAAUGGCCAUCAGCAACAUCAGCAGCUGAAUGGCAAGCACUCGUACUCGGAGAAUGGCUCCUCGACUGGAUAUCAUCCCCAUUCGCAUCCCCAUCCGCAUGGUUAUUUGCGAAACGGCGAGUCGGCGGCGGCGCAGCAGAACGGCAUUGCCGACUACCAGGCGGUCGGAAUGAUGAACGGACAUGGCUCUAAUCCGUCGGGUAAUAACAACAAUGCCAGCCUGAUCAACAACACGAGGAAUUUGAGGAAUGGAGGAGGUGUGGGUGGAACCGCAUCGCCGGGAACCCAGGGAAUCCAAAGUGUUACCGGAAAUCCGGGCGCUGUGAAUGCAAAUGCUGCUGGUGUUGGCAUGGCCGUGGGCGUGGGCGUGGGCCUGGGCAUGGGGGGCGUGGCAGGGGGCUUGGACGGAGGCGUGGCCUACAAGACGAGCGCCAUAAAUAAUAAUUAUCGCUACAAUGGACGCAACGCAUCCGCUGGAACAGGUGGUCGUCAAAUCCAGGACAGUGACUAUGAAAUAAUUGUUGUCGACGAGAAUAAUCCAUCCGUUUUGGCGGACAAUGAUUCACAUUCCAGUGGACCGCCGUCCAUAAAGGCCAACCAGACAACAACAACAGCAACAACAACAACUACAACCCAUAUUAACAACAACAACACAAAGACCUCAACAACUACAACAACAACAACAGCAAAUGCUCCUACAACAACAAUUAAAAUUCAACAACAACCAUUGUCACCACCAAAGCCGUUGGUGCCACAAAAAUUAGCCAAGAGCGUCGAUUCGGAUGUGGGCUCCCUGAACAUGAACUCGACGGAGAACGAGGUGCCCGAGGUGGAGUCCUCGAGCGAGAUCCUCAUCGAUGACCACAAGCCGAGUCACUCCAACGACGAAAGCUGGACGGAUGUGAAUCUCAACGAGGACGCGGCCGUUCAGGCAGCCAGUGCCGGAAUGGUUGUCGGCCUGGUGGACAAUGGUGGCAACGUUAUAACCGACAAGCACGAUCCGCACCACAGCAGUCAGUCGCAACAACAGCAGCAACAACAGCAGCAGCAGCAGCAACAGCAGUCAGUGAUUAUUGGCCAGCAGCACGGAUCUCUUGGCCACUCGGAACGAGGUGACAAGCCGGACUCGGAGAUCUCGGUGGUGCGAGUGCCCGAUGGCUACGGCGGCGCCGGUUCGGGAGUGAAUCCCGGCCAGGGACAGGGAGUGGCGCCCUCGCAGCGUCCCCGACCCGAGGAGCUGCCGAUGAAGGCGCCUGCUCUGGUGGCCCAACUGCCACUGACGACACCUUCGCGCGAGGCGAGUCUCACCCAGAAACUGGAGAUCGCCCUGGGACCCGUGUGUCCCUUGCUCCGCGAAAUCAUGGUCGACUUUGCGCCCUUCCUCUCGAAAACGCUCGUCGGAUCGCACGGCCAGGAGCUGCUGAUGGAAGGCAAGGGGCUGACCACGUUCAAGAACUCGCACUCCGUGGUGGAGCUGGUGAUGCUGCUCUGCUCGCAGGAGUGGCAGAACAGCCUGCAGAAGCACGCCGGCCUCGCCUUCAUCGAGCUGAUCAACGAGGGCCGCCUGCUCUCGCACGCCAUGAAGGACCACAUCGUCCGGGUGGCCAACGAGGCGGAGUUCAUCCUGAACAGGAUGCGGGCGGACGACGUGCUCAAGCACGCCGACUUCGAGUCGCAGUGCGCCCAGACGCUGCUCGAGCGUCGCGAGGAGGAGCGCAUGUGCGACCACCUGAUCACCGCCGCCCGUCGCCGGGACAAUGUGAUCGCCAGUCGCCUGCUGGAGAAGGUGCGCAACAUCAUGUGCAACCGGCACGGCGCCUGGGGCGACUCCAGCUCCAGCUGUAGCUCCAGUUCCAGUGGCGGUGGCGCCAUCGUGGGCGCGGUGCAGAAGAGUCCCUACUGGAAGCUGGACGCCUGGGAGGACGAUGCGCGUCGCCGCAAGCGGAUGGUGCAGAACCCGCGCGGCUCCUCGCAUCCGCAGGCCACGCUGAAGGCAGCGCUGGAGAACGGCGGACCCGAGGACGCCAUCCUGCAGACGCGCGACGAGUUCCACACCCAGAUCGCCGUGUCGCGGGCCCAUCCCUCGGGCCAGCACAACGGCGAGCUGCUGGACGACGCCGAGCUGCUGAUCGAGGAUCGCGAACUGGACCUGGAUCUCACGGGUCCCGUCAACAUCAGCACCAAGGCGCGACUGAUUGCGCCGGGACUGGUGGCGCCCGGCACCGUUUCGAUCACCAGCACCGAAAUGUUCUUCGAGGUGGACGAGGAGCACCCGGAGUUCCAGAAGAUCGACGGCGAGGUGCUGAAGUACUGCGACCAUUUGCACGGCAAGUGGUACUUCUCGGAGGUGCGGGCCAUCUUCUCGCGCCGCUACCUGCUGCAGAACGUGGCGCUGGAGAUCUUCCUCGCCAGCCGCACCUCCAUCCUGUUCGCCUUCCCCGACCAGCACACCGUGAAGAAGGUGAUCAAGGCGCUGCCGCGCGUCGGCGUGGGCAUCAAGUAUGGGAUACCGCAGACGCGACGCGCCUCCAUGAUGUCGCCGCGGCAGCUGAUGCGCAACUCGAACAUGACACAGAAGUGGCAGCGGCGCGAGAUCAGCAACUUCGAGUAUCUAAUGUUCCUCAACACGAUCGCCGGGCGGACGUACAACGACCUCAACCAGUACCCCAUCUUCCCCUGGGUGCUGACCAACUACGAGUCCAAGGACCUCGACCUCAGCCUGCCCUCCAACUACAGGGAUUUGUCCAAGCCGAUUGGUGCGUUGAAUCCCUCGCGGCGGGCGUACUUCGAGGAGCGGUACGAGAGCUGGGACAGCGACACCAUACCGCCGUUCCACUACGGCACCCACUACUCGACGGCGGCCUUCACGCUCAACUGGCUGGUGCGCGUCGAGCCGUUCACGACCAUGUUCCUGGCCCUCCAGGGCGGCAAGUUCGACUACCCCGACCGGCUGUUCAGCUCGGUGUCGCUGUCGUGGAAGAACUGCCAGCGGGACACGUCCGAUGUGAAGGAGCUGAUACCCGAGUGGUACUUCCUGCCCGAGAUGUUCUACAACUCCUCCGGCUAUCGGCUGGGCCAUCGCGAGGAUGGUGCUCUGGUGGAUGACAUCGAACUGCCGCCGUGGGCGAAGAGUCCCGAGGAGUUCGUGCGCAUCAAUCGCAUGGCGCUGGAGUCGGAGUUUGUGUCCUGCCAGCUGCACCAGUGGAUCGAUCUGAUCUUUGGGUACAAGCAGCGCGGCCCCGAGGCCAUCAGGGCCACCAAUGUGUUCUACUACCUGACCUACGAGGGCAGCGUCGACCUCGAUGGCGUUCUCGAUCCCGUGAUGCGCGAGGCCGUGGAGAACCAGAUCCGCAACUUCGGCCAGACGCCCAGCCAACUGCUGAUGGAGCCGCAUCCGCCGCGCAGCUCGGCCAUGCACCUCUCGCCGAUGAUGUUCAGCGCCAUGCCGGAGGACCUCUGCCAGAUGCUCAAGUUCUAUCAGAACUCGCCGGUCAUCCACAUCUCGGCGAACACGUAUCCGCAGCUGUCGCUGCCCUCGGUGGUCACGGUGACCGCCGGUCACCAGUUCGCGGUGAAUCGCUGGAACUGCAACUACACCGCCUCCGUCCAGAGUCCCAGCUACGCGGAGUCGCCCCAGUCACCGGGAUCCAAUCAGCCGCUGACCAUCGAUCCGGUUUUGGCUGUCCACGGCACGAAUAACAACAGCAACGCGGUGAGUCGAAGGCACUUGGGCGACAACUUCAGUCAGAUGCUGAAGAUCCGAUCCAACUGCUUUGUGACUACCGUCGACAGUCGGUUCUUGAUCGCCUGCGGCUUUUGGGACAACAGUUUCCGCGUUUUCGCCACCGAAACAGCCAAAAUCGUGCAGAUUGUGUUUGGGCAUUUUGGAGUGGUGACGUGCAUGGCUCGUUCCGAGUGCAACAUCACAUCGGACUGCUAUAUAGCCUCCGGAUCGGCGGACUGCACGGUGCUCCUGUGGCACUGGAACGCCAGGACCCAGAGCAUCGUGGGUGAGGGUGAUGUGCCCACGCCACGAGCCACUCUAACGGGUCACGAGCAGGCGGUCACCUCGGUGGUGAUUAGCGCCGAGCUGGGAUUGGUGGUCUCCGGCUCCUCAAAUGGUCCGGUGCUCAUCCACACCACCUUCGGUGACCUGCUGCGUUCGUUGGAUCCGCCGGCCGAGUUCCACUCCCCCGAACUGAUUACCAUGUCCCGCGAGGGCUUCAUUGUCAUCAAUUACGACAAGGGCAAUGUGGCCGCCUAUACAAUCAACGGCAAGAAACUGCGCCACGAAACGCACAACGACAAUCUACAGUGCAUGCUGCUGUCGCGCGAUGGCGAAUACCUGAUGACCGCCGGCGAUCGCGGCAUCGUUGAGGUGUGGCGCACCUUCAACCUAGCACCACUUUAUGCCUUCCCCGCCUGCAACGCGGGCAUCCGAUCCUUGGCCCUCACCCACGAUCAGAAAUACCUUCUGGCCGGACUUUCGACGGGCUCGAUCAUAGUAUUCCACAUCGACUUCAACCGCUGGCACCACGAGUACCAGCAGCGCUACUAAGUUUGGACACUUGGACAUUCCAAAAAACCCCGAAACGCCAGUUAACAAAGGCCAAGAAAACGAAAACGAAAAUGGAAACGGAAACGGAAACAGAUACUGAAAUGGAAAUAAAAUAUGGAAACGAUCGCAAAGCAACUACAAUGUACUUAACAAAACGGCGGCAACGACGGAGGAUCGGUUUUUCUAUAUAGACCUUUACAACUCUAGGCUAGUAAGCGAAACUAUGUUUUUUUUUGUCUAGUAUUAAUUGUGCAUUAGUGUGUGUUUUGGCCAAACGAAUGGCAGUCGAAAAAAAAGUAAGAAAAAAAAAGAGAACGGAACAGAACAGAAGAUGAAAACAUUUUUUUUACUAGUAUUAACGAAAUGUAUGUUAAGUUAUGGCAAAAUGGAGGAGUGCAAAAGGAAGAGGAAGAACGAGGAGAAAACGACGGAGGAGGAGGAGAAAGCAGAAGAAAGCUGGCGGCUUAAGUAAGUAGUUGAAAUAAGACAAAUGAAGUUAGUGUUUAUAAAACGCAAUAAGCAGUUAAUAAAUCUAAAGUAAAUCUAAACCUAAAGCUAAUUCCACAUGCAUUAUAAUACCAACGUAGCAAAAGUUGUCAUAAAAUUUAAACAGAAGAAACAAAACAAAAAACAAAAAACGCUGCGCAACGCAAAUUAAGGCAGAAAAUAAUGAAACUAAAGCGGCCAAAACGGAGAAAUGUGGUAGAGAAAGCAGAAAGCCAAUUUUUAAUUAUAGCGUUAGUUCUUUGUGACAAACACACACACACACACUCACACUCCAAACACACCGCAGACAAAUACACACUCACUCACACAAAAUAAGGUAACCAAGCAAGGACAAUGCCCAGGCAAUAAAGCUGAUAAACAAAAAGAAAGAAAAGAGAAAGAGAAAGAGAGAGAGAGAGUAAGCAGAAGUGAGAGGAACAGGAAACGGAAGUGAAGUGAAAAGCAGAUACGAGAUAUUUUAGUACACACAAGCAUAUGUAUUUGUAGCUAAACUAACACUCAAUUUAACUCCCAAAAAAGAAAACGCUAACUAAAGUCUAAACAACCACUAAAUUAUCAACACUGCUAAGAGCCACAGAAAAUAAUAAAUAAACAAAGAAAAAAUAUAUAAAAAUGGCAUUUUAUAUAUAUAUUAACAUACACAUAUUCGCCAACGGAAGCGGAAUAUGCAAAACUUAUUCAAGCGAAAGGCAGCGAUUUCGUUGUUCGUUCUCGUUCCACAAAUACAAAUAUCACGCAUACGCCAUGCUGCACCGCCCGCUAAUUUCGAAACGAUAGCGAAAACAAACAAAAACAAUCGAUAUAAAAAUAUAGUCUAUACAUACAUA